AUGGAGCUUCACCUGAUGAGCCAUGUUGAACUCCAGGAGUUGACACCAGGAAGUCCAUGGAAGGCCGUCGCAGAGGAAGUCGCUGCGCAGAAAUGGAAACCAAGGCGACGAAUGGACAGCUGUUGCACUGAAUGCCCGGCACUGGAAUCACAGUGA